GUGGGAAUUUGCCUAUCCUGAUAUACAAGAUGACCAUUGAUGGUUGUACAGACAGUCAAUUCCAGCUCCUUGGCAAUUUCCUACAAGUCUUGAACAACAAUGACCUGAAUAUUGUGGGAUGUGACACGGUGGACAUGUUGGGUAAGCUGGAAAUGCAGGACAUCCUAACCAGUCAAGGUAUCUUAGAGUACAAAGGAAUUGCAGAAUUUAGAAACAGUUAUCAGAAUGUGUGGAAUAAAUUCGGGACCCAGACCACAACAGAACGAGAUCGUUUCCUCAAUGAAUCAUUCCCCUCUGGCUUCCAAUGGGCCACAUCCAGUGAGUCCUUCAAGGUUGAGGGAGGCUGGUUAGAAGAUGGGAAGGGACAGACCAUCUGGGACCGUUUUGGUCAUGACGAUCUAGCCUUCGCGAAUCAGACAGCUGAUCUAGCCUGUGACAGUUACCACAAAGUGGAUUAUGAUGUCUACCUCCUACGAGGUCUUCAGGUCAACACCUACCAGUUUUCCAUCUCCUGGGCUCGUAUUUUCCCCUCAGGCCACCGGGGCAGCCAUUCAGAGAAAGGGGCUCUCUACUAUGACAAGCUGAUCAAUGCUCUCAUAGAGUCUGGCAUACACCCUGUUGUCACUCUCUACCACUGGGAUCUGCCCCAGGCACUGCAGGAGCAUGGUGGAUGGACCAAUGCUUCCAUUGUUGAAGCCUUCAAGGACUACUCAGACUUCUGCUUCUCCAGGUUUGGAGACAGAGUAAAGACCUGGAACACAUUCAGUAGCCCCUGGGUGGUGAGCCAUGCGGGGUAUGGUACUGGUGAGCAUGCCCCUGGAAUAAAAGACUAUGUGGUUGCCUCCUAUCAGGUCACUCACAAUAUGAUCAAGUCCCAUGCUGAAGCCUGGCAUGUCUACAAUGACAAGUACAGAAAGACACAAGGAGGGAAAGUAGGCAUUGCAUUGAACUCUGACUGGGUUGAGCCCAUGACCCCCUCCAGACCUGAAGAUAUAGUAGCUGCAGAUCGCUACCUGCAGUUCAUGCUGGGCUGGUUUGCACAUCCCAUAUUUGUGGAUGGAGAUUAUCCUGCAACACUCAAGACUCAGAUUGAACAGAAAAGAAAUAAGUGUCCCCACUCUGAGCCUGCAAGACUUCCAGUUUUCACUCCUGAAGAAAGCCGAAGAAUACAUGGAACAGCAGACUUUUUGGGAUUAAACCACUACACCUCUAGGUUAGUCAACAACAGUGAAGGUGGCUGCACCCCUGGUCCUCAGGGAGUAGGGGACUUCCAGGCACAUGUGGACCCUUCAUGGUCUUCGACAGCUUCUGACUGGAUCUAUUCUGCACCUUGGGGUCUCCGAAGGCUUCUAAACUUCAUUUCCACUGAAUACUUGAAUGUUACCAAAGUGCCAAUCCAUAUCACUGGGAAUGGUAUGCCUACUGAAUACAGUGGGGACACUCUCAAUGACAGCCACCGAAUAGAGUACAUGAAGAGUUACAUCAAUGAGGCCCUGAAAGCUAUUCAUUUUGAUGGAGUAAAUGUGCAGCGGUUUACUGUCCAGUCACUCAUGGAUGGCUUUGAAGGUCCACAAGGCUACAGUCAGCGUUUUGGGUUGCAUCAUGUCAACUUUGACCUGCCUGACAGACCCAGGACUCCAAAGCAGUCUGCCUACUUUUACUCUGAAGUUAUUGAUAAAAAUGGGUUUGCCUCCAAAAAACAGUACUAUUAUGUACCAGAAUUCAAAAGCACAGAGUCAAAUAAAGUUUCAUCAAUGCCACCUUCAAAAGUCCCAUCCCAAGCCAGCAGUGUUUGGAGAAAAUUUUCCAGCCAAACGAACUUUCAGAGAAAACUCUACCACUAUGGCACUUUCCCAAAGGGCUUCAGUUGGGGAGUAUCAUCUUCGGCUUACCAGAUUGAAGGUGGCUGGAAUGCUGAUGGGAAGGGGCCUAGCAUCUGGGAUACAUUCACCCACAAACCUGGCAGUAUUCCUGCUAAUGCCAAUGGAGAUGUGGCCUGUGACAGCUACAACAGACUUGAAGAAGACCUCUACAUGCUUCGAGCCCUGAGAGUGAAAACAUACAGAUUCUCUUUGUCCUGGUCCAGGAUCUUUCCUGAUGGUCGACGUACCUCUCUGAACCGGAAAGGUGUUGAAUACUACAAUAGACUCAUCGAUGACCUCAUGGCGAAUAACAUCACUCCCAUGGUGACACUUUACCACUGGGACCUCCCUCAAGCUUUGCAAAACCUUGGAGGUUGGGACAAUGUAGACAUGAUUAACAUCUUUAAUGACUUUUGUGACUUUUGCUUUGCCACCUUCGGAGACAGAGUGAAAUUCUGGAUGACUUUCAAUCAGCCUCAGACAAUUGCAUGGUCAGCGAUAGCGUGACUUGGACGAUCGCACCAAUGUUAGAAUCCUGGAAUGCACCAUAAUCAAGUUGCAGCCACAACCUUUAUAAAAGGCCAUGCCAAGGCUUACCACAUCCAUAAUAUCGAUAGUAUCGCUAAAUUGCAGGGUGGUCUGUAAUCGUGUCUCAAUUCUGAUUGGAUUGAACGCUGAAAGAGUUCUAAAAAAUUUUCGCCCGUGAAGUGGUGGCUGCUGACCGUGAAGCUGCAGUUCCAACUGGGUUGGUUUGCACAUCCCAUUUUUAAGAAUGGUGACUAUCCUGAUGCAAUGAAGUGGCAAGUUGGAAACAAAAGUGAACUCCAAGGUCUUCUAGAGACAAGACUACCUUCCUUUACUGAAGAAGAAAAGAGCUUCAUUAAGGGAACAGCUGAUGUCUUCUGCAUAAAUCAUUAUACUACAAAGAUUGCACAGCAUGCUACAUUGAGGCUUAACCCUCAAUCUUAUGAAUAUGACUUGGACUUGUCAGUAGCAGAGGAAGGAGAUUCACCAACUACUGCUAUCAGUAAUCAGAGAGCUGUAGCAUGGGGUUUGAGAAGACUCCUCAAUUGGAUCAAAGAGGAGUAUGGAGAUCCAGAGAUUUACAUUACUGAGAAUGGAGUAGCUACAGACAUUAAGACCACAGUUGAUGACAUAGACAGAGUAUUUUACUACAAAACCUACGUUGAUGAGGCUUUAAAGGCUCAUAAUCUUGAUGGUGUGAAGGUGAAAGGAUACAUAGCAACAUCUCUCAUGGAUUCUUUUGAGUGGCUCAAUGGGUACCAAUUAGGAUUCGGGCUGCACCAUGUGGACUUCACUAACCCACAUCGGCCAAGGACACCCAAACACUCUGCUCACUAUUAUUACCAAGUCAUGAAGGACAAUGGCUUCCCAUUACCAAAUGAUGAGAAGAUACUUUAUGGACAGUUUCCCAGAGCGUUUAACUGGAGUACUGCCAGUGCCGCUUUCCAGAUUGAGGGGAGCUGGAGAGCCCAUGGAAAGGGACUGGGUAUCUGGGACCAGUUUGCCCAUACUCCUUUGAGAGUGGACAACAGUGAUGAUGGCGAUAUUGCUUGUGAUAGUUACAACAAGAUUGACGAGCAUGUGGAGGUGCUGAAGAAGCUGAAGGUGACCCACUAUCGCCUCUCUGUAUCCUGGCCCAGAGUGCUUCCUGAUGGCACCAACAACCACAUCAAUGAAGCUGGACUGAACUACUACCAUAGAUUACUGGAUGCCUUGGAAGCUGCUAAUAUUCAGCCCCAGGUGACCCUGUACCACUGGGACCUCCCCCUUGCUCUACAGAAAGUGGGAGGGGAGAAUGAAACCAUCGUCCAGCGAUUCAGAGAGUAUGCCGAUGUUUUAUUCAGCGGAUUUGGAAACAGAGUUAAGUUCUGGAUCACUCUAAAUGAACCCUACAUUGUAGCCAACCUUGGCUAUGGAUAUGGGACCUUUGCUCCAGGCAUUGUGGGCAAGCAGUAUAUUGCAGCUCACAACCUAAUCAAGGCCCAUGCUGAGGUCUGGCACCUCUACAAUGACAAGUACCGAGCAACGCAGGGUGGCCUCAUCUCAAUUACCGUCAAUUCCGAUUGGACGGAGCCAAGGAACCCUUAUAAGCAGGAGGAUUACGAUGCAGCCAUUCGCUACAUGCAGUUCUUCAUUGGAUGGUUUGCCCAUCCCAUCUUCAACGGUGAUUAUCCUGACUUAAUGAAAACAAUCAUUCGUAAAAGAAGCCUUGCUGCACAUUUUUAUAAACCUUUUGGGAAGGAUUUGGGAAAUCUUCCUGAGUUCACUCCUGAGGAAAUCAAGAGGAUAAAAGGAACUCAUGAUUACUUUGGCUUAAACCACUACACAUCGGUUCUUUCAUUCCCAAUUGAUAUGGGAAAUCAGCAGGAUUAUGAAGGUGACAGGGGCACUGGAGCCACACACGACCGCACCUGGAUUGAAUCUGGUUCCUUCUGGCUAAAGAUUACCCCCUUUGGAUUUAGGAAACUCCUAAAGUUUAUCAAGGAUGAGUAUGGAAACCCACCUGUCUAUGUCACAGAGAACGGGAUCUCAGAACGAGGAGCAGUGGACUUGAAUGACAUCCACAGAACGCACUACUACGAAAAUUACAUUAACCAGGCUCUGAAAGCCCAAGUUCUGGAUGGAGUUGAUCUGAGAGGCUAUACAGCCUGGUCAUUAAUGGACAAAUUUGAGUGGGCUGCUGGCUACUCCGAGCGAUUUGGACUUUUCUUUGUGAACCGCUCAAACCCCGCCCUUCCUCGCAUUGCUAAAAAAUCAGCUUCUCGGUACGCCUCCAUCAUCGCCUGCAAUGGUUUCCCAGAUCCAGUUCUUGGGACCCAUGAGUGUUUGAACCCUGAACCCGAAGAGAACACACAUACUACUGUCCCUGUUCUGCCUCUGAACAUGGUGGACUUCUUGGGUCUGGAGAUUUCACCUAAUGAUGCUAAAGUUGCACUGUAUGUCAUAUUCGUAUUUCUUCUUGUAAGUGUACUUGGUAGCAUCUUUGUCUUACACCGGCUCCUAAAAACAAGAAGGAAGUCAAAGGCAGCUGCAGGGGAGUCAGUGAAGUUGGAGAGGAAGUGA